UCAAGGUAGCCACGAACGAUGACCGGCCACUCGAACAUUUCAAGCUCGACGCACUAAAGCCAUGGUGAGGCGCCUCCGCUCGCCCUUCUUUCAGCUGCUCCUACUGGCUCUGCUUCUUCUAGGUGUGGAGUCGCAACUGCAGCUAAACCCUCAGCCUCAACCAGGUCCAAACCUACGACCACAUCAGCCAAGGCCGAACCCACGGCCACGGCCCAUGCCACGACCGGAUCCAAACCCGCAGCCACAGCCUAUGCCACAACCAGACCCGAACCCACAGCCACAGCCAGUGCCACAACCAGAUCCAAACCCACAACCAGGGCCGGACCCACAGCCAGAGCCUAUACCACAACCGAACCCAAACCCACAGCCACAACUCUUGCCACAACCGGAUCCAAUCCCCCAACCACAGCCCGUGCCACAACCAGACCCACAGCCACAACCAGGGCCCAUGCCAAUACCAAAUCCAAAUCCAAACCCACAGCCACAACCGGACCCAAACCCUCAACCGCAACCUAUGCCACAACCAAACCCAAAUCCACAGCCAGGACCCGUGCCAAUACCAAUACCAAACCCAAACCCACAACCAGGGCCCGUGCCAAUACCAAAUCCAAACCCACAGGCGGGACUGCCCCUACCGCAACCAAAUCCAAACCCACAGCCACAACCGGACCCAAACCCUCAACCGCAACCUAUGCCACAACCAAAACCAAACCCACAGCCACUUCCCGUUCCACAACCAGACCCAAACCCGCAGCCAAGACCAAUCCCAUAGCCAGAGCCCCUACCGCAACCAGACCCAAAUCCGCACUCGCAGCCCAUGCUACAACCGGACCCAAACCCACAGCCACAGUGGAACCCAAACUCGUGAAUAGCCACAGCUAGAGGCACAAACCUAUAUGCAGGAACCGAGUCCGAACCAAAAUACAUGGCCACCUUCCGGGUCACAACUAAUUACAAUACCUGAAGAUGCAAGGUUCACAUGUAUAUUGUAGUUCCCGUGGGUCUCUUGUUCAUAUAAAUCAAGUAGUGAAAUAUCACAUGUUAGUAAGUAAUGAUGGAGUAUCUGAUGUAGCAUGCUUCUACCAUGAGUGUAUACGUACGUCUGUAUUUAUGCAUUA